AUGUUUGCUCAUCUGAAAACUGCGAUCUCUAACCAACGCCUCAAUCAGAUUGAGAAAAUCAGAGCGAAUGGAAUAGGAGAUGUAGUAGCUCUACCCCAGUUGGCUGUCUGCGGCGAUCAAUCUGCGGGUAAAAGCUCGGCCUUGGAAGGGAUCACCGGCAUUCCCUUCCCGAGGAAGGAAGGGCUUUGCACUAGGUUUCCGACUGAGAUCACUCUGCGGCACUCCGGAGCUGGCCAACCAAUGACAAUCACGGCAACAAUUCGGCCACACGCGUCUCGAAGCCGAGAGGUUCAGAAGACGUUGUCGUCUUAUCGGAAGAACGUCACGGAUAUGUCAGAGCUCCCUUCCAUCAUUGAAGAAGUGUCAAGACUGAUGGGAAUUCGAGGCUACACGAAAACUGAAAACGCAUGCGCAUUUGCCUCUGACGCUCUCCGCAUAGAAAUAACUGGCCCUAUAGGGCUACAUUUGAGCGUUGUGGAUUUGCCGGGGCUCAUUUCUGUUGCCAACGAGGAGCAAACUGAGGAGGACAUCGACGCAAUUCACAAUAUGGUGGCCACAUAUCUCGAGAGCUCUCGGACGAUUAUUCUUGCCGUCCUUCAAGCAAGUAACGACAUGGCGAACCAGGCCAUUAUAAAACUGGCCAGGAAGCAUGACCCUGAGGGCGAGCGGACUGUCGGAAUUAUUACUAAACCAGACUUGAUCAACGAGGGCGCAGAGAGCAAAAUAGCUCUCGUUGCUAAGAAUGAAGACACCAUAAAACUCAAGCUCGGCUUCUUCUUGGUCAAAAAUCCCAGCCCUUCUGAGCUUAAGGAGGGAAUAUCUAUGGAUAUGCGGUCCAGACGAGAGCAGCGCUUCUUCGCGUCGCCGACUUGGGCAAGCCAAAAGCUUGAUAUGAGUCGGGUGGGAGUGGAAAAUUUGCGAAGAUUUCUUCAGGACCUACUUGAUACUCACAUUGAAAAGGAGCUGCCAAAAGUCCGAGAAGAAAUCAAGAAGAAACUUGUUGCGACAGAGACGGACUUAAAAUCGAUGGGACAAGCACGCCCAACCGUUGGACACAUCCGAUCGUUCAUGACUAGCUUGAGCAUGAGGCUCUACGAGCUAAUUCAAGCAGCAUUGGAUGGCAGCUACCAUAGUGUUGAUGCUGAAUUUUUUGCUGAUGAUGGAGUGUCCAGGCUUCGCGCCCGGGUACAAGAAGUGAACACAGACUUCUCAGAUAACAUGCGCGAUCAUGGGCAGAGGAGGAGAGUCGGAUCGCAUGCGCGGUCCUCCAAGUCAGAUCACGGGUCAAUCAACGAAACAGCCGAGCUCAUUGUGAGUAAAGCAGAAAUGAUGCAAUGGGUGAAAGAGGCCUACCGUCGGACUAGAGGUCGUGAACUGCCGGGUAACAAUAAUUCUGCCCUUCUCUCGGAGCUCUUUCACGAGCAAUCACGCCGAUGGAGCACCAUUGCGGAAGAUCAUGUCCAAAAGAUCAUGACAAUAGCAUUGCAAUGGGUCGAACUCGCUGUCAAACGGCUCAUCCCCGAGGAGAAAUUGCGGGGUGAGGUUCGGUCGAUUCUGCAGGAUUGGCUCGAAAAUGGUGAGGCUGAGGCAUUGGCCGAGCUUCGCAAGCUCAUCGAUGAUGAGCAAGGCAGCCCUAUGACCUACAAUCACUAUUACACUGAUAACGUUCAGAAAUCGAGACUGGAUGCUCAGAAGGUGGCGAUGCGUUCCGCCGUGAAUGAAGUGACCCAACAUGAGUGGGGGGGCAAGCUUCACAUCAGUAACCACCAAGACGACAUUAACCGGUUCAUGUCCGCCAUUGAGGCAAGGAUUACAGUUGACAUGGAUGAGCAAGCAUGCAAAGAGGCGCUAACAGAGCUCGAGUCCUACUACAAAGCACGUUUUACUUUGGUGGGUCGCAAAACGUUCGUCGACAACGUCGCCCGACAGGUAGUAGAGCGACAUAUCAUUUCGCCUCUUCCGAGAGCAUUCUGUCCAAAUUCGGUUUCGCAGAUGUCUGACGAAGAAUUGGAACGUAUAGGCUCAGAACCUGAUCUUCAGAGGCUUCACCGGGAGAGGCUCUCGGCCACAGCACAAGGGCUCAGGAAGAGCCUGGCUGAUAUGCAGAGAACUAUCUAG